GGAAGAGCUUUUGAGGAACUAAAAUCAAUUUUACUGUCUGCUGCAUCUGGGUUUCCUGACUGCCAGCUGCUCACUGCCUACGGGACUGCAAACUGCUCCGGCACAUGGUUCCAGCAUGAAAGGGAUCUACUUCAAGGAGAACUUUUGGACUGCUGAUAUUACAAGCACCGCUGGGUACGAAUGUCUUAUCCAACAUAUGAACGAGGGGCGCAAGAACUGUAAGGAAUAUGAAGAUUUCCUGAAAGAAAGGGCCAGCAUAGAGGAGAAGUAUGGGAAGGAACUGGUUAACCUGACCAAGAAGAAGCCAUGUGGACAGACGGAAAUAAACACCCUCAAGCGAUCCCUUGAUGUCUUUAAACAACAAAUUGAUAAUAUAGGUCAGUGUCACAUUCAGCUGGCACAAACGCUACGGGACGAGGCGAGAAAGAUGGAGGAAUUCAGGGAACGGCAAAAGCAGGAGAGAAAGAAGAUAGAAGCUGUUAUGGAUGCCUUUCAUAAGCAGAAACUGAAUCAGUACAAAAAGACAAUGGAGUCGAAGAGGAAUUAUGAGCAGAGGUGUCGGGAGAAGGAUGAAGCCGAACAAGCCGUGAGCCGCUGCAAAAAUAUGGUGAAUGCCAAGCAGCAAGAAAAGGUUUUUGCUAAACUGGCGCAUUCCAAGGUGACUGCCGAAGCUGCUGAUAAGUCUUACCAGCAAAAUAUCAACUUACUUGACAAAAUAAGGGAAGACUGGCAAAAGGAACAUGUCAGCUCCUGUGAGUUUUUUGAGAAUCAGGGAUGGGAGCGAGUAAAUUUCUUCCGUAACGCGGUGUGGACGCACGUCAAUCAGCUAUCCCAGCAAUGUGUAACCAUCGAUGUGAUGUGCGAGGAGGUGCGGAAGGCAUUCGAAGGCUGUAACAUAGAGAAAGACAUUGAAUAUUUUGCAGAAAGUCACAAGACAGGAAACGUCCCACCAGCUCCUGUUCCUUAUGAAAAUUACUAUAACAACCAAAAGCGCAGUCCGGCCAAUGCCUGGAACCAUGGGACUCCCGACAUAAGGCGAGGGCAGCUUCCCACCCCUGUUACAGAUGAUCCUGCUUAUGCCACCGUGGGGGACUUCAAUGUUUACCAGUAGCAAAAAAUUGGCACAGAAUAAUGGCAGAGGGUUCAUUUUGCCCCAGUUGGAAGCAAUGACACAGCGGGAGUUAAUCUGGAGUGUAAAGACAUUUGGGUCAAGGCUGCAGUGCCCCCCACCCAGCGACGGUUCCGGAUCCGGAUCCAGUCCAAAAGACCAACACUCUCAGAACAUAUGCCUUUCAGCUGAUAGAUUUCUGGUACGAAGCCACAACAGGAGUACUGCCAGCAUUCUGUGACAUGGUGUAAUUUCUGGGAUCUGAAAUAGGCCCUGGCAUUUCAUGUACACAGAGGCCCAAAGAGCCCCCCACUAGCCCAAUAAAUAGUGACUAUGACUAUGAUGACUAUGGCAUUUGCCAGAACCCACAGAUUGCCAGUCCGGGCCUGGCGUAAAUAAUUCCGGCUAGGGUACUAGCCAGUGUCUGGCAGUAAACAUUAAUCGUGGAAUGAACUAAGGGAAACGGUUUUACCCAUCAGACCCUGGGUAUGGAGAGGGCCCAAUGUAACACUGUUAGGGGUUGCACUGUUUUUACUUGUUGCCUGCUGAUAUUUUCUUAAUAAAGUCUCUAAUAUCUCA